CAGGGAUAUCGUCUCUUCAAAAGCCCUGCCGCUCAUGUUAAUGUGUGAUCCUGGAACCCCGGUCGAUCUGAUGCGCGCACCCUGCUCAUCAGAUCUCCCGCUCUGGGCUCCAUACGACCGCUAGUCUAGUGGGAUAUAUAUUCCUCUUCCCUCCUCCGUCUUACACGCUCCGUACUCCGAAGACCACAUUCCAGCUCGAUCAAGAAACACACUCCACUCUCUGACUGAGUCUUUCUUCUCUCCUGAGUCUCAAGUCCCUCCGUGUCUUCAUCGACAAUGUCACGGCCAGUCCCCUUCACCACCAGUCCCUCAUGGGGACCAUGGCAACCACAGUUUGACGAGCAACUGGUAAUGCGAGCCGCCUGCAUGUACUACAACACUCCUCCCAGCUCUUCGAUACUAGCUGCUCCAGCUGGGGCCAUGCCGUACAUGAUUGCCGCCCCGUACAACCCCGGGAUGCACUAUCAGAACACAAACUACAUGCAACAAACGCCCAUGCCGACCACCUACCACCAGCAACACCACCAGGACACCAACGCCCUCUACGUGAAAAGGGAGUUUACUCAAGACUUCAGUGAUGAUCACACGAGGUUCAUCAUGGCACCCAGCAGCAGCAGCAGUCGGGGAUCGAGCUCUCUGCCCGAGCCCGAGUUUUGCUCGAACCCAUAUGACGCCACGCGCGAGAUGAGGCCAGCCAAGACGAUUCUCCCCAACGAGUCAGUUUGUGAUACGGAAAAGGUCCAGUUCGACACGCCCAUCGACAACUUCCUGCGCAAGAUUGACUCGCUCAACGUCAGCCUGCCCGGAACACAGACCGCCACCAGUCCCCAGUCAUCGGUUCCAUCAUCGCCGGCCACCUCGCUUACCCGCUCGCCCACUUCCAUCAUGACUAGUCCGCCCUCGACGCCAGGUACAGCAGUUGACGACGUCUUCGCCUUGCCCGGGACCAAGCCUUCCAAGCUGAAGAAACAUGUCUGCCAGUUCUGCCCCAAGGCCUUCAGCCAGAAAGCCCACCUCAAGCAGCACGAAUACACCCAUACCGGGGAGAAGCAGUGGAAAUGUCCUUAUGAAGGCUGCGACUACGCCAAUGCACAGAAGGCCAACUUUAACACGCACAUGAACCGCCACAACGGCGUCAAGCCCCACGAGUGCCUCAAGUGUGGGAAGCGCUUCACCCAAAAGGGUGACUUGCGGAAUCACGACAACACGGUGCAUCUAAAGAUGAGGCCCUUUGUCUGCCGAAUGCCCUCUGUCGAGAAGGAAGGCCACACGUGUCACAAGAGCUUUGCCACGCGCGGUAAUCUGAAGACCCAUCUCAACAAAUUCCACUCCGAAGAUACACAGCGCCUGCAGGACUCCUGCAUGGACCUGCUGGAGAACAAGACGUCGUCACAGGAGAUGCCCUGGCUGGUCCAGUGGUUCUUGGUGACGUUUCAAAACUCCAACAAAGGCGUCAAGGGUCGAGGCAAGGGCCGGAGGGUUGCUCCUCGACCUGAGCCCCUGCCUGUCAGGGCUUGACCUCCAUGAACAAUAAUUACGCCCUAUUAGGGACACUUACGAAAGGACCCCAUCGUUUUCUGCAUUUCUGCUUGUCAACCAAAAAGGGGGUACUCAAAAUGGUGGAUGCGUCGUCGAAUUUGGGAGUAUAUUCUCAUUUCUGCCCUUGUUGAGCGUUUGUUUGUUUAAUUAUACAUGUCGCGCAGACUGGGGUCUUGGCAUGGACAGCACCGCUCGAGAUUAACAGAUCUCAUGGGAGGGUAACGGAGUCUUUGAGAAUUCGGGGAGGGUU